AUGGACGCCGCGCUGGCUUCAUUCCAGGCGCGUCUCGCGACCUUUGGCGGAGCAGCGACGACCACAAAGACGCGACGCACGAGCAGCAGAUCGAAAAAGGCAGGCACAAAGUCCAAAGCCGGCUGGCCAUUGGCUUCACCAGCGGCACAAGAUCUCGCGUAUGCGGGUUUCGUAUGGAGGCCGACUACCGCCAGCCCUGACAACGUACAAUGCUUCUCCUGCGAGUGCCAGCUCGACGGCUGGGAAGAAUCAGACGUCCCCGCAUAUGAACACGCGACACAUUCGCCGAGCUGCGGCUUCGCAGUCAUCGCGUGCAUUCGCCUGCGUUCUGGCGAUCCAGGCAGAACUGAAGAAGACCCGACCUCCGACGCGAUGGUCGCGGCGCGUCGCGACACGUUCGGCGACAUGUGGCCUCUCGACCCCAACGCUGGCUACCCCUCAGUCGACCAGAUGGUCGCCGCGGGAUGGUUCUACGACCCCACAGACGAAACUCCCGAUGGUGUCACCUGUGCAUACUGUGCUCGCGCACUCGACGCCUGGGACAUUGGCGAUGAUCCGAUGCAAGAGCAUCGUAAACGCUCUCCCGAUUGUCUCUUCUUCACAUUGUCCGAUAUCUACAACCCGCCCAUCCCCGCGCCAAAGAAGGGCAAGCGCGCUUCAAAAGCCAAGGGUCGCUCAGCACGCUCGUCUACUGCAUCCACUGCGAGCAAGAAGGCCACGCGUGGCAAGAAGCAUAUCGAUGACACUACCAUGGAGGACAGCGAGCUGUCGGAGAUGCCACAACCAGCACCUAAACGUGGCAAGAAACGCACAAGUGACACAAUGGACAUUACCCAAGUCUCAGAGGUCGUACAACCCGCUCCAAAGCGCGGCAAGAAGCGCAUGAGCGACACUAUGGAGAUCACUGAGAUGUCAGAGGUCGCACAGCCAGCACCGAAGCGCGUUCGAUCAUCAAGCAUUGAAAGCUUCCCCAGCGACUUGCCGGGCGGAACACCUAAGAAGACUCCGACUCAUACCCAAGAUCACGUCGCAUCAGACUUCGACAUGUCCAGCCUGCCAGGCGACCUGAUGGUGGGAACACCUAAGAGGACCCCACCUCCUAUGAGCGAGGCAGAUGACAACAACGGCUGGGAGCCCGCCAAUGUGGACAUGCUCUUCGCGUCCCAGGGAGAGGCUCAGGGCCUGAUGCAAGACAUUCUCAUCGACGCCGGUCUUGACAACAUCGAGGCCGCUGGCUCAUCACCCGAACAAAUCUUCGAUGCUGUCAUGGCAAACCUGACAGACCACGAAAAGUCCAUGACCAUCGAGCAAUGGGUCCUUUACAACGCCAAGCGGGGCGAGGAGAAGUUGCGCAUGGCCUGCGAAAGGCAAAUCAUGGCAUUCGAGGCUGAGGGCCAACGCGCCAUGACGGUCUUGGAAGCCAUUCCUACUAUUUGA